CUGCAGAAAUAUCCAGCCAAUUUUCUCUCUCUUCCCCAAGAUCUGAACUUCACGAUCCCAGGAAUCGACAUCUAAGGCAACAUCAAGUCAACGGUUGCCCAUCAUGUCGUUGGUCUCCGGAGAGAAGACGAACUUCCAGUUCAUCUUGCGUCUCCUUAACACGAACGUUAAGGGUGAAGAGAAGGUCAUGUACGCAUUGACCCGUAUAAAGGGUGUCGGUCGUCGUUACUCCAACUUGGUCUGCAAGAAGGCUGAUGUCGACUUGAACAAGCGUGCCGGUGAACUCACAUCUGAAGAGCUCGAGCGUAUUGUUACCAUCAUUCAAAACCCUACCCAGUACAAGAUCCCCGCCUGGUUCCUCAACAGACAGCGCGACAUCGUCGACGGCAAGGACUACCAAGUCCUGGCCAACAACGUCGACUCCAAGCUCCGUGACGAUCUCGAGCGCCUCAAGAAGAUCCGCGCUCACCGUGGUCUCCGUCACUACUGGGGUCUCCGUGUACGCGGUCAGCACACCAAGACUACUGGCCGUCGCGGUAGGACUGUCGGUGUCUCCAAGAAGAAGGGUGGUUAAACGUCUGGAGGCAGUGGGGGAGUGGUUUCAUUGGUUCUGGUCAUCAUUGCAGAUCGGAUUGGCGUGAAGGCUGGACAUGGAAUUACGCAUCAACGAGAAAAAACGUCAUGGUCAUUUGCUUUUGCCAAGGGUUUUCGGCAUCAUGGAUGUACUCUACACGAAUGAAUGAAGAGACAUCUUCCUGAAA